GGAAAUGGAUAACGUGGGAUUGCGACGGCGACAAGCGGGAGAGAAAAAUAUCGCCGAGCCUACAGGUUUAUGGACGGGAGAUGUGGCUUUUGAUAAACAGCUGAAGACCACAAAGCUACGGGAAAAACUUGAGAAAUUGAAGUCGGACCUAGUUGAUCAAGUAGACAGUCAGAUUGCUGAUUUCCUAGAUGAAUAUUCACAAGACUAUGACCUGGACAGCUCCUAUGUACAGAAUGGGGAGGCAACAAAGCCAAAGAAAAAGAAGGGGGAGCCACGAGACAAGGUGUUUGUUCCAAGAAAUUCAGUACUUACUGAUCUGUUUGAAGUGAGUCACAUCCAGACAAUCUACCAUAUCUUCAUUGCCAUCCUCAUAGUCUUCAGUUUGAAUACAAUCAUCCAUGAUGUAUUUGAGAAAGGGAGGUUUGUACAGCUUGUNGGGGAGGGAUUUUUGCACACCUUAACCUAA